AUGAGCACUAUCGACAUACAUUUUAGUGAGUCUGUAAAGGAGGCAGUGGAUCUAUCGCUGCAGCAGGCAUUGCCCCUUCUCGUUUAUAGUUCAAGUGGAAGUGAUGAAUGGCUCAAGAAGUGGUUCAGUAGAGAGCUACAACGAAAGAUUGAUGGUAAGUGCAUAGCACUGAAGUUACUGAAAGGAACGGAGGAAUUUCAGUACUUUGAGCAGAUUUUUCCAUCUGUUACUAUUCCUAGCGUAUGUUGCUUGACUUCUGGUAAAAUAACGGAAGUUAUAGAUGAUGUUUCCAAUUUAGAGGGGAAUGCUAAUCGUUUAAUGACAGCACUUGAUUGCAUUCGAGUCACUAAAGCGUCAGAAUCAAGAGCAAAACCUCUAGAGGAUUCCAGUGAGAAGGUCAAGGGUACCACCCCGUUAACACUUAAGGAGCAAGCAGCUGAGACAGCAGCUAAGAUAUACCAUGAGCAGCUCCUGAAACAGAGAAAAAUCGAAAAAGAAGAACGAGAAAGGAUAAAAAGAUUGGUUAAAGCAGAUCGCGAAGAAUUCAAAGCCAAAGAACGUGAAAGAAGUGUGGGUACAUCUGGCUUAGAUAACAUUCGUGAUAAUAUAAAGCAUUAUGACCUAUUACAUACCAAGAGUUGUAUUCUUCUGAUAAGAUUAUUGAAUGGUCACUCAAUCAGCCAUAAAUUUCCAUCGAAUACCACAUUGAAUUCUGUAAGAAAAUGGGUGGAUGAAAAUAGAACUGAUAAUGAUGAUCCCUACAAUUUUCACAGAACGAUUCCUCGGGUUACAUUUACUGAGUCGGAUGAGAUUAGGACCUUAGAGGAGCUGGAACUCACUCCUCGUUCCGCCCUUAUUUUAAAACCCCUAGAUAAUGAGGACCGGAAACAUGGAAUUGUCGACGCGCAAGGUCCAGGAUUACUGGGAAGAGUAUUUAAUUCACUAACUUCCUGGUGGUCAAAGCCGCAGGAGUUUACGGAACAACCUUUUGACGCAAGUGCCAAAUCUCAAAGUCACUCAGAAGAUGCACCCUCCCCCACUUCAUCCAAAUACGUGUCGCCACUGCAUUCACCGUAUAUGAGUCACACAGAUCCGAAUACUUCAGAGCUAAGCCUUCCUUCAAGGCCUGUUUCCCCUAACGUUUAUUCAUUUUCAAACUCCGAAGAUCACCAAGUGGACGAAGAGCGUAAGACUUUUAAUGGAAACAACGUUAAGCUCGAAGAUAAAAAGGAAGACCGCUGA